UCCACAGCCAUCGAAGGGUACAGCGACGUCACCGAGGGUUACACCAUUAUCUUGCUCGAGCUCACUGUCCUCACCAGGGGUUACGCCGCCAUCACGAGGGGUUACUCUAUCAUCAGUAGCGGUCACUCUAUCAUUUUGACCGCGCUCACUGUCGACACCAGGGGUUACGCCGCCAUCACGAGGGGUUACACCAUCAUCACUAGUGGUUAUUCCAUCAUUUUGAACACGCUCACUGUCGACACCAGGGGUUACGCGUCCAGCACCUCCAUUCUCCUCGUGUUCACUGUCAUCGCCACGGGUUACACCGCCACCACCAGAGGUUGCACCGCCAUCUUUCUCGUCCUCACUACCAUCGCCAGAGUGUACAACACCGUCACCAGGGGUUACGCCGCCAGCACCUCCAUUCUCCUCGUGCUCACUGUCAUCGCCACGGGUUACACCGCCACCACCAGAGGUUGCACCGCCGUCAGUAGAGGGUACACCGCCAUCGUCAGGGGGUACACGUGCUGUGUA